UCUCUCCCUGGACUUCUUCAUCAGGGUCCACCCUCGUCAGGUUCAGCCAGCAAUCUAGUCCUGAUCAAAGAGGCACAUUUCAUUGAUACCACACUUCCCACAACAUGAAGGGAGCAUAAUAAACUAAGGAUGCAAGUGUAUGCAAGUUGUUUUGGACAAAAGUGUCUAAAUGACAUAUCAAAUGCACAAUUGUUUUUUACAACAAAAAAAAAACGUCUGUACUGAAAAAAAUGUACAGGGAAAAUCAUAAUUUGACUAUGCGUUAAAAUCCUGUGACGUGGGUGAUUUCUUAUGGUGCCUAUGUGUUGUUCAUCUGUGCCUAUAAGCUGUGUGCAUUGAUUUUUAUGUCAGUGUUUUAUUUUAUUUGUGAUGAAUGUUGUGUUGGCUAUCUGCUCUGGCCGGUAGCCUACGGCACUUUGGUCAACAUGGGUUGUUUUUAAAUGCGCUUUAAAGGCAAAUUAAUGUGAAUUGACUUUAUAAAGAGAAUAGAACAAGAAAGCGUUUAGAUAUCCAAUGGCUUAACAGCUGACACUUUUACCAGAUUUUACCAGAUAAAUUAAUCAACAGAAGAAUUAUAUGCAGCAAUUUGAUAACUGAAUAUUUCUUAAAGGAAAACAAUUCCAAAAGUUGCUAGUCCCAACAUCUUUUAUCGUUUGUUUGUGCAAUACUAAAGUCAGCAUUUUAAGGACUUGGGAGUGUUUAUGGAGGGAAAUAUCAAAAUGAUGACAACAAAUUGACACUGAACUGAAUGAAAGAUAGAUAGUUACAUUUUAAAGAGCAGUUUGCCGUCUUUGAUGGACUAUACAUUAUGUGAUAGUGUUAUGUCAGUCCAGUCACUUUCAAUGUACAUUUGUAUUAUUUAAGAAAUAUCUCACAAAAGGGACGGAACAAUGUCAAGGCUGAACAGUGAGAGUAUUGCUGUGAGGGAGUAUCUGACUCAGUGUAGCAGUGAAUCACACGAGUGAAGGCCGCGCCAGGUGGCUCUCAGGAGGACGCAUCAGUAUGCAGCAAACAUACCAUGGUGACGGUCCUCACGAGCGUCCCUUCUGUGAUACAAUGCCCCACCUGGUGGACACAUCAAGCUACUGCACGCAUCUUUACAGACAGGCAUCUUGACAGAGAGCUAUUGGGGUCCUGUUCUAAAUUUAAGGAGAUGGAUGUUUAUCCCGGUGUCACUGACGGCGAUCCUGCAAAGCACCAAGAAAGACAUUACUACCUCUUAUCUGAACUGCAAACCUUAGUCAAAGAUUUACCAAGCUCCUUCCAGCAGCGGCUGUCCUACAACACGCUGGGUGACUUGGCUCUGGCUCUCAUCGAUGGGACUGUCUAUGAGAUUGUUCAGGGGCUGCUGGAUAUUCAGCACCUUACAGAGAAAAAUCUGUACAACCAGAGGCAAAAGCUGCACAGUGAACUCCAAGCACUCAAACAAGACCUUCUGCGAAAACACAAGGAUGCUUUGCAGACUUGCAAGUCGCACAACCUCACGCUUCUUAAAUCUAACCAACAAGCAGAGCUGGAGGCUCUGGAAAUUCGAGUGCGAGAGGAACAACGAAUUAUGGAUAAAAAGAUUGUAGCAGAAAUGGAUCAGAAAGUGAUAGACCAGCAGAACACCUUGGAGAAGGCGGGAGUCCCUGGAUUUUUUAUCACCACCAAUCCUCAGGAGCUGACAAUGCAGAUGAACCUACUUGAAUUGAUCCUUAAGCUUCAACAAAAGGAGUCACAAUAUUGAAUCCCUUGAAAAAGAGGCCUAAUUUCGCCAAAAGAGGUGGCUGAAAAAUGAUGCAAUGGCCUCUGACCGCAUAUGCUCACAGUCCAGUAAUUGUGAGAUUUGACAUUGGUCAACGAAUUGCAUUGUGCUCUUUAACAACAUGUUUAUCACUUGUUGAUGUAAGGGUAAUAUUCACCAUCAGUACCAGUAGGACACAACUGGUUCUGAUGGUGAGAUGAUUGCAGACCUGGAAGAGAGCCAUAGUAGGUGAUGGAAAAACAUGAAAUUGUUAAGCACUUUUCUGCCCUGUCGCACAUUGUGAAAUUAGAAAGUUAAUGUGUUGGAAUUCCUUUACAGACAUAGUAUAUACGUAUUCAAGUCCAAUGUUGAUGAAUCAGACUGCCAGAAAUGAUAUAGUUGAGCGUCAAGGUGUAAUUUAAGGACACAAUUAUGGCGGCACCAGGGAUUAUUGAUGUUGCCUUUAAAAAGUGAGACACUCCAUAAGGGCCAGCUGAUGCCUUUGUUACAAGUGUCAGUGUUUUGAACACUUUAUUCUUUAUUUAUUUUAACAGUAUUGAAAUACAGUUCCUUCAUUUUGUUUCUGAUAUUUUUGCAAAUUUUGCUACCUUAUUUGACAUAAUAUAUUUUUUUAGUGUUACUUUUUUUAAGGUCAGUGUGGCCUAAUGUUUUCAACAAUGAACAAAUUAAUAAACGAUAUGGAUAUGAACAACACCAGUAUGGAUGGUAUCAGUAGACAUAUGUAUUUGUUCAUUUGUCAUUACAUAAAUAUUUUUUCAUAAAACAAAUGUUUUAAAAGUCA